CCGCUGCUGGCGCGGUGCGCCGUCGAGGCCUCCGCCCCGCAGGGCGGCGCGCCGGACCCGACGGCGCUGCAGGGCGGCGGCAGGAGCGGCGCGGAGCUGGGGGCCGGCACCCCGGUCCUCGCUGGGAGCAGCAGGGGAGCCUCCGCGUGGAGCCCCUCGGCGGCACGGUGCCUGGCGCGCCCGCGGGUGGCGACGGCCUCGCGGGCCUCCGGCAGCAGGCCAGCGUCCAGCGACAGCGCAUCGAGCUCCUGGAGGGCAUGCACCAGCAGGCCCUGGGCCAGCUGCGCCGCUCCCGCGAGGAGCUCGCCCGCGCGCAGCAGCAGCGGCUCGCCGAGGCGGACAAGGCGCUGAGGCUGGAGCAGCUGGUCAGCGAGAUGCAGGCCCAGUGCCUCUCAGGGGACGUGGGGUCACAGGAUGUGUGGAGCGCGUGGCUGCAGAGGUCGCGGGAGGUUGUCCAGGAGGACCUGUGACCGGGCCGCCCCCCCCGAGAGGCCUCGGAGACAAAUAUGCAACACAGGCCGGCGUGCGGAAGCGGAGGAGAAACGGCGUCGACGCCAAGGACGGGCAGGCCGGCGAAUGGCGGCGAAGCAGACAGCCGAAUCUUGGUUUUGUUCUCAUCAUCCUGGCGCUUCGGCCCCUGGGGCAGGUUUCGUCGGGCCCAGGGGCACUCAGACGUGGAUCUGGAACGGAAGG